AAACACACCCUCUUUAACUAGUAUAAAUAAGUGAGCAUAGCAGUUUCUGUUGUAUUGCAUUCUUUACCAAAACUUCUUUUGAGGAAGACUUUUCUUACUGUCUGCUUUCGAUCACCUUUUUUGAAAGAACAAGAACAUGUCAAGCCUGGCAGAUGUGCUUAUAAUUGGUGGGCAAGGAGGAGAUCCCUUUGAUUUUAAUGGUAUUGGAAAUGGAGCCACCAUAACAAAGAUCUGGGUGUGGGCUGGUGGCUGGCAGAUAAAAGCGAUUAAGGUUUGGCUCAAUGACGGCCAGUCAAAGCAGUUUGGACGAGAAAAUGGGAAGUUUUCAGAAUUUAUAUUUGAAGAUGGUGAGCAUUUCACCUCCCUUUCUCUUUGGGGAAAUGGAGCUGGAACACGUCUGGGUGCCAUCAGAUUCACUACAAAUCGUUCCCGGGUGUUUUUUCCAAAAAUGACAUCCUGGGAACUAAAAACAGAAUAUCCAGUUGAUGUUGGUUCUGGGAUCUGUCUUGGAAUCAUGGGACGUUCCGGUUCAGAUGUUGAUAGCUUAGGCUUCAUAUUCAUCAACACCAUCAGAUACACUGAGCUUACAGGUGUUACGUAUCCCACACUACAUGAUGAGACACCCAUUGUGGCUGUUGACGAAAUUAAAUCCAUGACCUAUCAAAAUAAUACAACAGAGGUUUUAAAGUACACAUUUGAUACUGCCACAAAAAUCACCAAAAAGUCAUCCUGGUCUGUUACAAACAAGACUGAAUCCUCAUUUUGCAUUGAAGUGAAGGCAGGAAUUCCUAAUAUUCUUGAAAUCUCUGGUGGAUUCAGUUACACAAUGGGAACUGAGAGGUCGUAUACUUUAGAGUUCACUGAGGAGAAAACUGAAUCGUUCUCAUUUACUAUCACAGUUCCUCCAGGGAAAACCGUGGAUGCCAUCGUCACAAUCGGCUGGGCUAACAUUGAUCUCCCCUACACUGGCACAGUCAAGAUUACUUGCGUAAAUGGCAGUGUGCUGCAGUUUCCAACCAGUGGAACCUACAAAGGCAUCAAUUACACCAAAGCAAAAAUAGUUGUGAAUGAAUCUACAAAAAUGCUUGCUGCUGAUCCAAAGGCUGAGAAUGAAGUGACUUAUAAAACAUUCUAAAAUGUAAAAGAAAUGUAAUGAACAUCUGAUUAAAUUUUGCUUCAUUUAUAAUUAGUAAAGAAAAAACCUUGACUUAAAAAAUUGUAUUGAUUACAGGCUAUUUACAAUAUUUCAUUAUACCUUUUCAUUUGAUUUUUUUUUCUUUUUAAAUACAAAAACACUGUUUAAAAUGAAUUUUGAAAAAUGUUGGAAAAAUGUGAAAUGAACAAAUCAAAUGUUUUAAAUCAAACAAUGAUCAAAUAUAGACUCAAACAAACAUAUUUCUUAUUCAUGUUAGUAUACUGCUGUGGAGAUGAUUGUACUUCUUCUUAUCCAAUUUUCACCCAAUAAAAGGUUCUAAUUCAC